GCCGCACUUCCGCCGCCUGGGCGUCCCGCGCGCGCCUGGUUGGUUUGAAGGGAAGCGUUUAUUAGUCACCGCGCCGGGCUGCUUGUCUUUUCCCGGGUUCCGAGUCCGGCCGGAUCAGUGCGGAGGGACGAGGGGCAGGAGCUUCCUCGUGAGUCACCCUGAGGCAGCAGCGCCCGGGAGAUCGGGCGUCCGUACGGGGGCGGACCAGGGCCAAGCCCGGCCGGCGGGGAAGCUGGAGGCCUGGGGGCGGCAGCUUCUGCUCCCGGGGCGCAGGCCUGUGUGCGUGGCCUUGGGCAAGACAUUUCGCCCUUCUGGUGCAGCACACUCUGCCGCACACGCUGCCCUUGCCCCCCUGGCCCCGAACCCUUGCUCGGGGGCCCGCAGUGCCCCCCGCUCCGGCGACGUUUAGGGCAGCGCUGCCCGCCAGCCUGACCGGACGCGGCCCUCCCGAGUCAAACGCUGGCUCCCUGAAAAUACCGUCGAAACAGCCUGUAGCUAAGACAAAACUGAGUCCGAUGCUUCCUUCUCUUGUUCGGGGAGAGCACUGUCUGAAAGGGUAGUUAGUCGAGAGGAGGUGGAGGGGCAGAGUUGGGGUGUUGAGGUUUGGGGCCAGGCUGAAGGGGGGCUUUUUGAUGCAAGAUUUUUUAAUUAGGGUUGGGUAAGGAUCGGGUCACAUAGCUCAGGAUUUGUGGUCCCGGUGACGUGAGGAUUUCAUGAGCCUUGGAGCUUCAGCUGUGGCUUAAUGCUACCUGUCGAAAGUUGGGGCGGUUUUCAGUUGAUUUUUGUGAGGCCGGAGAGUAAGGUUAUUGACACCUUUUGUUUUCCUGGGCAGGUGUUUCCUGACAUCAUACAAUAAUACAGUCAGGUUGUUUUGCCUCAGCCAGUAUGAGUCACAGCCUUCUGUUGUUUGCACUCACAGAAACCCUGUAUGUGGUUUGGUUGUGUGUAAAAUGGGGAUCAUAUGGCAGGGGGAUGGGGAGGAGCUGGGCACGCCCUGAGAAAACCAGGGUCUCAGCCUCUGGUAGCCCAGCAGGGCUUAUAAAAACGUCUGAGUCCUGAAAAACAAUCCUUAUCUCAAAUAGGAAAAGGGAGCUCCAAAUUGAAACGAAUAGGUGGUUAUUUAUAUAUAUAUAUCAAUAAACAAUAGACUAGAUUUAUUAUUAAUACCUUAUUACUGUCCACCAGCCAACUGCUACUCAAAGCACAUAGUUAGGCGUGGUUGCAUUUACCCUGUAGAGAGAUGUGCACGUUCAUAUGAUUUGUGCCGUGUGGUCAGGGGUUCAAAGCUAAGAAUGCUCCGGGCUUCUCAAGGUGUUAAAACAUCCCUGGGGCAUUUGGCUCCUGGUCUUGGUACGUCCCUGCUCCGGUCUGUGAGCUGAUUUCCUCAUCUGUACGGUGGGGAAGACUGUGCUUUGGGCAGAAUAAGGAGGAAGUGAGGCCAUAUGUUAGCCAGCAGUUGUCGGAACUGAAGUCCACAGGAUUCUAGAGCAGUGUUCGCCCUCACCGGCAUGGGCUGCCCUGCACUUUGUGGGUCUAGAACAGACUGAGGGCCCAUAGUAAGCAAGCUGGGAAGGAAUGGGAGUGUCAACCAGUUUGGAAGAAAGCAGGAGAAUGGAGGUGAUAUUAACCAUUCUCCCAGCUCAACCUGGUUCCAUCCAUUUCCUGCACUGCUCCCCACCCCACCCACCAGGACAGGUGCAGGGACGACAUUAAACAUGUUUAACAACCAGUUUGAAACCAUGAAAACAGGCUUGCGGGAGAGGCUGGGAGCCCCCCACCCCCGUCUCAACAGGUAUUAAUGUUUUUAAUUGCUAGAGUUUGUGGGGGUGGGUGGGGGGCUAUGGGAGCAGGGUAUUUAGGGAAGUCCCUGUUUAACCUGUAGUUGACAUUCAGUUCGGGCCCUAUCAGGGCCUCCCGGCUAAAAAUGUGCCUGCGUAGGGAAGUGGGGGUCCCAGGUGUGGGGCAGGCGGAGGCGGGGGCCUGGGUAGGGGGCAGAUCCUGAUCAGGUGAGCCUUCUGUGGUCACCAGAGCAGUGGGGUCUCCUGGUGAGAGCUGGGCUCUACCAGGGAAGCUUCGGCUUCCUGGGGCUCCUGGGCGUUUGAGGGGCGCCCUCGCUGAACUUUGCUAGGUUUGCAUGUCCGCCCAUCUUAGACUUGGGGAACUCUUUCCCCUUUCCUGUUCCUAGCUGACACAUUUCCUGUCCUCUCUCCACACCGGUGCUCCGUCUUUCACAACACCUUGCUGGUGAACUCAGCUUUGACACCCGUCCUUAGCAGCUGGAGGAUUAGUUCUGCCCUUAAGGGCAAGAAAGACUGGGCCUUCCAACCCUGCCGAUUCGAGGGAAAACAUUUGUGUUCUAUUUCUUCAUGAUAAAGAACAGAAAAAAAGAAUCACUACACAGCUCUAGAAAAGCCUUUAGAAAAGAGAGGAGUUCGACAGUGCAUGUCAGAUAAGUUUAUAAGCUAGUGAUUUUCCUACUGAGAAUGCGACUUGAGUGAGAAGGAAAGCUGGUGAGAGCAGAUAAAAAAGGGCCAGCCAGAUGUCCAAGGCCAGAUACUCCCCUUGCUUGCUUUUGGCUUCUGUAAUCUUGCUUGCCCCCACAUCAGCCAGCAGCCAGGAACCGGAAGACUGAUUGUACUAGUCCCACCCAACCCGGAAACACUUAGGUAUAAAGGGUCAGUAAAACCCGAGCCGGGUGCUCAGCUUUGGGAGGUGACUCCGCUGGGACGGCACCGGUGCGAAAUAGUCUUUUUUUAAUUCCCUGAGUGUGUGUCGCUUGUCCUUUGCUGGACUCUUUGCUGUAAUAUUUUUGGUGCGUUGGCCAGGAAGCCGACAGCCGUGCUGGCCCCUUGAGUCACCACUGUGGGAGGCCACGGAGAGCCCACUCAUCGCGGGGCCCUGUGACAAAGGAAGGUACGCCACCACCUUGACCGCGACCCUCACCAGGCCCGACAGUAGUCGGCCGCCGCUGUUUUCAGACUGACUCUAGGGGAGUCAGAAAAUUCUGCCAGGACGGGACAUCGGAUCGGUCCCGCCCCACCUGUGACCUACAGCCUGGGGUGGCCAGACCGAGCCACUCACUCACUCGGGGGACUGGUCCAACGGCAUUCCACCUCCCGGGAUAAAACCUGGGGUGACCUGUGGGGAGCUCUGCACACAGCUCUCCCAGCCGCGCCUGCGCCCCCACCGGCCAUGGUGGUUUCCAGAAUUCCCCCGGCCCUGGGUGGAGGCUGUCUCAGGAUCCUAACCCCCCUUCUGCUUCUGGCUUCUGCAGCCUCCCUCCGUGCUGCCAGGAUACCUGCACCCCCAGCUUGUGGGAAGCCCCAGCGGCUGAACCGGAUCGUGGGCGGCGAGGACAGCACUGAUGCCGAGUGGCCUUGGGUCGUGAGCAUCCAGAAGAACGGAACCCACCACUGUGCAGGCUCCCUGCUCACCAGCCGCUGGGUGGUCACUGCUGCCCACUGCUUCAAGGGCAACCUGAACAAGCCGUCCCGAUUCUCUGUGCUGCUGGGGGCCUGGCAGCUGGAGAACCCUGGCUCCAGGUCCCAGCAGGUGGGUAUCGCCUGGGUGCAGUCCCACCCCGUGUAUUCCUGGAAAGAGGGCUCCCGUGCAGACAUCGCCCUGGUGCGUCUGGAGCACACCAUCCACUUCUCUGAGCGAAUCCUGCCCAUCUGCCUGCCUGACUCCUCCGUCCGUCUCCCUCCGAACACCCGCUGCUGGAUUGCAGGCUGGGGGAGUAUCCGUGAUGGAGUGCCCCUGCCCCACCCCCAGACCCUGCAGAAACUGGAGGUUCCCAUCAUAGACUCGGAAGUCUGCAGCCGCCUCUACUGGCGGGGCGCUGGGCAGGGAGCCAUCACCGAGGACAUGCUGUGCGCUGGCUAUCUGGAGGGGCGGCGGGACGCCUGUCUGGGUGACUCGGGGGGCCCCCUGAUGUGCCAGGUCGAGGGCACCUGGCUGCUGGCGGGCAUCAUCAGCUGGGGCGAGGGCUGUGCCGAGCGCAACCGGCCCGGCGUCUACAUCAGCCUGGCCGCCCACCGCUCCUGGGUGAUGAGGAUCGUGCAAGGGGCGCAGCUCCGCGGGCACUCACAGGGGAGGGGGCCCGCAAGGGAAGGCGCGCCCUCCCCGAGGGGCCCGCGUUAGGGACCUGGGGAGACGCGGCGGCCACGCCGUUGUAAGUAAGCCAUCUGCCUCCGGGGGGCGCCCGCGGGCCGGCACCGAGCGGCCUCGCAGCCCGCCCCGCCCGCGCGAGCGCCUCUGUGUGUAUAUAUAUACAUGUUAAUAAUUUUUACAGUUAUUUGUACCCCGCCUUCAUAUCUUAUUUAUUCCUCCAAUUUCAAUAAAUUAUUUAUUCCCCCGUU